AUGAUUGAAUAAGUGAUUAGUUUUCUUCAGUAAGUGUUAAAUUUGACAUAAUCAUCAGAGAUCCAGCAUUUGAAAUAAGUAGAUCUAAAUAAUUUAAAUAAUUUAAAUAAUUUAAAUAAUUUAGCUGAUGAAUCAAAAACAUCUUAGUAAUCUUAAAAGAGAAGGGGAAAAUGGAAAUAUGUAUCAUCUGUUUCUAGUUCUAAUGAAUUUAAAGAUUUUAAGACAAUAAAUGGUUGUUGUAAAAAAUUGAAAAACUGUUUUCAAGAAAAGGAUAAGAAGCAAAAGUAAAAAUAUAAUAAUUAAUUAUAAUUAAUCUUGUUUAUGUUAAGUUCCAAGAGCUGUUAGAAAGAAGCAUCUUACUGUAUAUGGUUGUUAAUAUUGUGGAUAUCAUGGAAGUGAUCCUAAAGAUAAGAAAAAAGAAAAGGUUCAAAAAAUAGUGGUAGUAUCAAAAGAAAUUAUUGAGUAGAAUCAUAAUAAUUAUCGAAAUGCUCGUAAUUUUAGGUUAUGAUGUUAGCUUUAUUUUAAUUACUUAAUGCAUAAAAUCUAAAUCUAGCCUUUUUAGGAAUUAAAAUACUUUAUAUAUAUGGGAAAGAAUAAAGACGUUGAGAAUAAAAGCAUAUAAAUUUAUUUAUAAUCUAAAACUUUUUAAUCACUUUAUUGACUAGAACUUAGUAAUUUUAUUAUACAAUAGAUUAAAUAAUUUAAUUAUGGAAAUAAUUCAAAAAAAGUAUCUAUAAAUGUAAUAUUUAUAUGCACUAAUACCUUACUUAAAGUUUAAUCAGAUCCACUAGAAAUACUUUUCUUAAAUAGAUGAGUCAAUAAAUAUGAUAAAGCUAUUGAUUUUUCAUUUCAAUAUUUCAAGUAGAAAAUAUACUCCUUGA